CGGGCGGCGCCGACGGUUUCCUUCGAGUCUGGGAGUUCCCCAGCAUGAAGAAGGUGCUGGAGUUCAAAGCCCAUGACGGGGAGAUUGAGGACAUUGCGCUGGGUCCCGAGAACAAGGUGGUGACGGCGGGUCGGGAUUUCCAGUGCUGCGUAUGGCAGAGAGAUCAGCUAGUGCUGCGGCUGCGCUGGGAUGAGAAUUUGCCGGGUGUCCCUGACAAGACCUACCGCUACCAGGCCUGCAGGUUUGGGACAGUGCCGGACCAGGCGGAGGCACUGCGACUCUACACGGUGCAGGUGCCCCACAAGCGGGGGCGCCGCCCCCCACCCUGCUACCUCACCAAGUGGGACGGAAAAAGCUUCCUGCCGCUGCUCACCCAGCCCUGCGGGGGCGAAGUCAUCUCCUGCCUCUCCGUCAGGUACGGGGACGGGGGUUGGCCCAGUUCUUGGAGGCCCCUGCUGUUGUGGCGUGCUGUCGUUCUGCCCUUCCUGGAGGGCAUGCCCCAUUGUCGCGAGCUCCUUCUACCCACGCCCUGGUGCUUCGAGGGGCGGGCUCCAGACCUGCCUUCCGCUUCUUCCUCCUAG